AUGAAUCGUUGGACUAAAGUUCUUAACUGGCAUCGCAUGCACAAGGAUGGUGAAGUGCAAGAAGAGAAAACACAAGGUCAGGGAGAAGAGAAGAAGAAAGACGAGAAGGAAAAAAUCAAUUGGAGGGAAUGGGUGGUUGAUCCCUCUGGAGAGUUUUACUAUGGCUGGUUGCAAGUCAUGAUCUUUCCUGUCAUCUAUAACUGGGUUAUUAUUAUCCUGAGGGCCUGUUUUUAUGAAGUUGCGCACACAUAUCUGGCAGUGUGGCUCACUUUAGACUACGUCUCUGACCUGGUCUACAUAGCUGACAUUAUUAUCAAAGUCCAUACUGGGUUCAUGGAGCAGGGCAUUCUAGUGCGUGAUCGGUCUCGUCUGAAAAAACGCUACCUACGAUCAUCUCACUUUCGGUGGGACAUGGCCUCCCUGCUGCCCACUGACCUGCUCUACCUGCAGCUGGGCAUCCAAACACCCCUGGUCAGGGUAAACCGUUUCCUGCGGUCAGCCCGCCUGUCAGAGGCUUUGGACCGCAUGGAGACUCGAACGGCCUACCCUAACGUUUUCCGCAUUUCCAAACUCAUGAUCCUCAUUUUCAUCCUCAUCCACUGGAACGCAUGCAUCUACUUCUCGCUCUCCAACUACAUUGGCUUUGGUGUUGAUGAAUGGGUCUACCCCAACAUCUCGGAUCCUGAGUUUGCUUCCAUGAGACGUCAGUACUUCUACUCCUACUGGUUCUCCACUCUGAUCCUCACUACAGUGGGCGACACACCUCAGCCACAACGUGAGGAGGAGUACCUUUUCAUGAUUGCUGACCUGCUGAUCGCAGUGCUGGUGUUUGCCUCUGUUGUGGGGAAUGUAAGCAACGUGAUCAUGAACCUGCAGAACCGAGACAAUGUGUUUUUCCCCAAUCACGAGCUGGUGAAGGGCUACCUGCACAGCCGGAGGAUCACCAAAGAGCUGCAGGGACGUGUUAACAACUGGUACCAACAUCUACACAUCAACAAAAAGAUCACGAGAGAGAAUGAAAUCCUCCAGCAGCUGCCUGUCACGCUACAGACAGCCAUCACUGUGAGCGUGCACCUGCCCACGCUUUCCAAAGUGACCAUCUUCCAGAACUGUGAGAGCAGCCUGCUGGAGGAGCUGGUGCUCAAACUCACUCCACAGGUCUACAGCCCAGGAGAGUAUGUGUGUAGGAAAGGAGAUGUGGGCCAUGAGAUGUACAUCAUUAAAGAGGGAAAGCUGGCUGUUGUGGCAGAUGAUGGGGUCACUCAGUUUGCUGUGCUGGGUGAAGGGAACUUUUUUGGCGAGAUCAGCAUCCUGAACAUCAAAGGCAACAAAUCGGGCAACCGGCGCACAGCCAACAUCCGCAGCAUCGGUCACUCUGACCUGUUCAGCCUGUCGAAAGAGGGCCUGACAGACACAUUGUCUGAGUUUCCGGCUGCCAAGCGCCUGCUGGAGGAGAAGGGCCGUCAGAUCCUGACCAAGAUGGGUAUGCUGGAGAAGACAGACGAAGGCGAGGAGGAGAAAGAGAAAACAGAGGACAAGGUGGCGCGUUUGGAGGGCAGCCUGGAGGUGCUGCAAACCAAACUAGCCCGACUGAUGGCUGAGCUGGAGUCCAGCGCCCGAAAGAUGAUGAGGCGCGUGGAGCACCUGGAACUGCAGACGGAGGGCUGGGAGGGCAUAGUGGCUGAGGGAGCCUGGAGUGAAACGGAGGAGGAGGGAGAGAGAGAUAGGGAGGUCGGGGAUGGAGAGGGGGAAAAGGAAGAGGAGCCAGAGGGAGAGCGGGGAGAGGGGGAUGGGGGAGAAGAAGAAGAGGGAGUGGGGAAGGAUGUAAAAGAGAAAAAGUGA